GUUCUUUCAAAAUGGGCGUCUUGAAAACGUUGCCUAAACGUCGAAGGUUUCUCAGACUUUGCACAAACAGUCCGUCUGUCACCACUGGAGAUAGGACGAACAUCAAAGAGUGCAAGAAAUUUAUGACAACAUGGCAUCCAUUUCAGCUGACCAGAAUACCCAGCAUACCCCUCAGCUGCUGUCAGUUGGAGAAAAGGAUAAGAAACGGUUGCUAGAGGUGUAUGUUAAGCGAAGUCUCAGCCUUAAUGAUGGAACACAAUGUCCUCGGAGACAGGAGCACAGAUCACACAAAUGGGUCCCCAUCACUGAGCAGAAGACAAGAGAUCGCAGACAUUCCAGCGAUACAUCUCUGAACUUGACUUCACAAGCCACCAUCUCAGUUGAGGACAUUAGAUAUGAGCAUGUCUUUGAACCACAACUGGAAAAAAAGGAGAUGCCUUCUGAGAAGAAAUCCAAAAAGUGGAAAGUUAAAGGCAGUCUGCGUCGCAACGAUGGCUCUAAUGGGUCGCAGAAGUCCAAUGGCAAACCCAAGAAGUGGUUUCAACAUUUGGAUAAGGGCAAGGAGGAAGGUGGGCUAAGCAGUGAUGCUUCCCCCCAAACAAGUACGGUUGCUGUUGGAGAUAUUCAUUCAAAGACACCAGAGUCUUCUACAGUGGAAAGGAAGGAAAAAGAAGGCAAGAAGACUAAGAAACCCACUGUAUGGAAGACUUUCUUGAGCUUUUUUUCCAAAGGAAGCAAUGAAAAGGAACAAGAUCGUCAGAGAACUGAAGAAAAGCUCCCACUUUCCCAACCCUCAACACCCCAAAUGUCUUGUUUGCCUUUAGCUGAUGGCAAAUCAAAAGGUGACGUCAACCUGCGCCACUCAAAAUCUUUGAAAAAGAAAAAGUCGCAGAGGAGAUCAUUAAAAUGGAGGCGAAGUGGAGAUAUGUCCACUGCAAAAUCUGUUGCGAUGGUGGAACCCACCAACUUGUACUAUGAGAAAAUGUCAGAGGAACUGGAGAAAAUUGUGCAUGAAGUGAAAGACAAUCCAGCCGAUGACAGUGCCACUUCUCAACCAAUAGACCAGAUGUCACAAGAAGAGGUUAUCAGGAGAAUCACAGAACUGAUAAAACGAGAAGGGGACAAACUAGAUAUCGGGCUGAAAGGGAACACCCCUGUGAUCAGUUUUCUGAACGGGAUCACCUAUAGAUCCUUCCAGCAAAUGGCUGAUCAAUAUGUUCAGUCAGAAGUUCCAAAUAAGGACACCUGCCCAACCGUUGUGGCACCAGAGCUGGUGAAGUUCGCCUUCACUCUGGACUUCACUGCUCAAGUCGCUAAUCUGCACCGCCAGGCCACAGGCCACAUCAUGGGCUUGGGGAACCAGUAUCUCCAAGAUCGCUUCACUCACAUGAGUGAGAGCCAUCCGCAUCUCGCUGACUUUAAAGCAGAGGAUCAGAAAACGCAGAACUCUGAGCAAGAAUUCAUAAGCUUGUAGAAGCGUGAGCUUCUAGUUGACAUAGUUUUACUGGAUAUACCUCUGAACUGUACAAAACACGAUGGAAUGAAGGAUUUUAAAAAUUUGUUUUAAAACAUUAUUGAAGUUAUUUGAAAUUUGGGAGGAAACACUUUGUGAAUAUUUCUAAAGAAAUUGAAACCACCAGCCUUUGAGAAUUUUGAACAUACUAAACCCUUGCGUAAUUUGUUGCUAUGUGUAAAUUAAAAAAAACAAACCUGAAUGAAGUAAGCUAGAGAAAUGUAAACGCUUUCUGCAAAUGUUUGCACAACUGCAUUCAUUAUUUUUAUUUAUAUAUUGUAAUGUUUUUUUUUUGUUUUGUUUUUGUUUUUUAAUCUGUAUAUUAUACCACUCUCUAAGCAUGUAUGUAUUUUAAAUAUGUUGUAACUGUGUAUGCGGGCAUAUGCAGAAUGUUUACACCAUAAUGAUAAAAUAUAGUGAAUAUGUUUUAUAAAGUGUUGUCCAUGAUUUCAUUUAUUCAUUUUCUUCUAAAAUUGUGUUAAAUAACUAAUUAAAAUUAUCCAAAAUAAUAAAAACAGUAUAGUUUUA